UUCGCACUCUUUGAAGAGCGCAAUAUCAAGCACUUAAAAUUCUGCAGGGUUUUUCGCUUCCGCUCGUAAUACUUUUCAGAUUUGUGCCUUACAACGAAGAUACCUCAAUUGACGCGGUGUAUCUAUUUUUUUUUUCGUCCGCGCAAAAACUAAAUUCGAAAAUUCAAUUCACUUCGCUUUAAUUGUCGCUUCAGAGUGCAUCAACAGCGACGGCUCGUCGUCGUUACGAUAGAAAUAAUUGGUAUGACAGCACCUGCGUCACGCGGAACAAUCAACCUCCUCCAUCGCGUAUCUAUUAUUUCCGAAAAAGCGGCAGGUUGAUUGGCCCGCGUACAUAUAUACGCAUAUUUUCCGCGUCUAUUGCGCGUCGAAAAUCGCAUCAUCGCGCCCAUCGCGAAAGCGUACGGCCGCGCCAAGCUUCCGCCCGUGACCGUGGCGCGGCGCGACGGUGGCGGUCAAGUGGAAACGCGGCUGCUCUCGUUGUCCCGUUCCCGAGAGCGGCCCAUCGCGAGAUUCGCGAGUCGCGAGCAGCGGAGGAGCGCGGCGCCGCUGGACGGCCACGGGGUACGGCACGGCACGACACGGCACCGUACAGCGCGUCGUAGCAGCACGACUAGCAGCGUGACGACAGGCAAAAGGAGCCGAAGGUGGAGGAGAGAGAGACGGAGCGCGGCGACUCUUUCGUCGUGUGAUACGUCGGGUGAUACGAGAGGACCCGCGCUACGCCGGGUAACGUUCGCUAGCGGAGCAGCGGAGUAUUCACGCGCGCAUUGGCCGGACGGAGUCGGCGGGCCCGACGUGGCCGCCCGUUGCGAGUUUCCGUGCGUAGUUUCUGUCAGAAGUCGUACGCCGAAACGCUCGGCGGCUAUGACGAGCCUGACACGGGCGUCGUAGAUCGGUCACCGCCGCCGCCGCCGCCGCCGCCGUCGUUGUCGUCGCGGUCGCCGCCGCCGCCGGAGCCACUACCACCACCACCACUACCACCGCCACUAACGACGUCGUUACGUGCGUGGUGUCCAACGUCCAACCUUCCAAAUUCGGCGGGGCCUCCUUCGUACGACAUGGCGGGCUUUCAUGACAGGGACAGGGCCCUCUUCCCGAUCCGGAGCAUCUCCGCGAUCGUGCAGAUCUUCAAGAAUCAACUGGAGAACAGCGCCGAGCCGGACCUCGCGUUGCUCUCGAUCCUCAUCGGCGCCGUCGAGAACUCUCUGACUUGCAAUCGCGUCUUCACGCCCCAGGAGAAUGCCGUCUACGACGAGCCAAAGCUGCCGCCCGUCGAGUACCAUAUAGCCGAGGCGCUCUACACCAAGUUCCACGCGGUGAUCAAGGGCGCCGUCGAUCUCACCGUGUACGACACCAAGUACGCCACCAGGGAGCUCGUCAAAAAGGUGUCGGACGUGAUAUGGAACUCUCUCACCAGGAGCUACUACAAGGACCGGGCGCAUCUGCAGAGCCUCUACAGUUACUUAACGGCGAACAAGCUCGACUGUUACGGGGUCGCCUUCGCCGUGGUGGCCGGCUGCCAGGUCCUAGGAUUCAAGGACGUGCAUCUCGCCAUGUCGGAGGACCACGCGUGGGUCGUGUACGGGGAGGACGGUACGGAGACAGCGGAGGUUACAUGGCAUGGUAAGGGAAACGAGGAUAAACGCGGACAGCCAGUGGAACCCGGUGUAGCGUCUCGAUCGUGGUUGUAUUUAAAUGGUCAGGCGAUGGUGUGCAGUCGUGCUUUAGAAGUGGCUACCAUAGUGUCAGCUAUAAAUCCUAGUCUGAACGCGACUACCGAUGCGGCCGAAGUGGCGUUGCUCCAGCAGGAGUUGCUGUGGCUGCUAUAUGAUUUAGGCCACUUAGCGAAGUAUCCUAUGGCACUCGGUAACUUGGCUGAGUUAGAAGAAGCAGCACCUACUCCUGGGAGACCACCGCCUAUAGACCUCUUUCAGGAAGCUGUAAGAUCAGCAAGAAAAUACUAUGGAAACGCACAUGUCUAUCCUUAUACUUAUCAAGGUGGAUAUCUGUAUCGGCAUGGACUACACGUCAACGCGUUUGCAUCGUGGGCUGACGCAGCGGAUGUUUUGCGGAAAUAUGAUUAUUCGCGGGACGACGGGGAGAUAUAUAAGGAAUUGCUGGAAAUUGCCAACGAACUGAUACCGCAUGCCGUACGCGUUGACGAGCGCUUGCUACGGCAACCACGUUGCUUCGCGUACCUGCUGCGAUUCUACGAUGGUAUUUGUCAGUGGGAGGAGGGCGCCAACACUCCUGUGCUGCACAUAGGUUGGGCUCGUCCGCUGGUGAACACAAUCUCCAAGUUCGAUGCCAGUAUACGCGCUCAGGUCGUUAUAGAGUGCUACGAAACGGAAGCCAAACAGGAAGAAACGGCGCAGAAAAGGGAGACGAGUCCCGAGGAGACCUUGAACAAUAACAACAACAAUUACUGUAAGACUAAGGAGAGAGGAAACGCAGCGCGAGAUUUGAUUAAGAGCCUAGAGUCCAAAGUGCCCUCCAAUUCGGCGUCAACACAUCCUAGUAUUCAGGCUCUGACGGCGGCUUGCAGCGAGAAGAUACUUAAUAGAGAUUACCUGCUACAAGGCGGCGGCGAGCCGUUUGUCGCGCCACCGGACGACGCUCUACCACCGGCGCCCUCCACUUCCCAGGAGAAUGUCGAACCUAAAGUGCAGGCUGAAGAUUCCGAAAAUGAGAGGCCGAGGAUAACACUGUACAGCCAGAAGAUGAAAGGUCUCAAGGAUCUCCUGCUCGCGGAGAAGCUGAACACCCACGCGAUCUCGUUGCAACUCACGGCACAGAGUCAGGUACAAAUCGGUAAGAAGUCGCGUGGCAGCGACGAUGUGGGAGUCAGUCAGCGUCCCAAGAGGACGCGUCGAGAAUAGUAUAAGAUCUUCGACCGUCGUUUCGGUAUAGUGAAGUAUUGAAAGUGCCACCAUACACUUCUGGAGAUUAAACUCUCCGUUCGUUGAACGGAGUUGCGAGACGCGAACGGCCAGCAAUCCGUUGCGCGGCCUGCGCAAACAGUCAUUAAAGUAUACCGACUUCCUUGCUCUCGGUGUCUCCCGCCGGAUACCCAGGGCGCGCGGAUUCUCCCUCGGUUGGACUCCUCUAUUGGAAUCUCGACUCGAGAGCGUCGUGAUGAAUUUCGUGCCGUUUGAUUUGAAUGAAACCCUCCACGGUGCUCCUCUCGUUUUGCAACGACGCCGCGGUCCUUGCGAGACAACGUUUACGUUACCGUCGGGGAUAUAUUGCCGUUAGUAUAUAUAGAGUAUAAAGUAGAUAUGGAGAGAGAAAAUUGUAGAAAAGUACAAAAAAGUUUUCCCCAACUCUUUAAGUUAAUGGACGGAAUUGCGAGUUGGCUCCCCCGUUGUCUCGCUGAUCAUAAACUCGUGACUCGAGUACUUUCGUGUGUAAAUAUAUCUCUCUCUUGAUUCUUCCACAGUGCGUAUAGAGCUGUGACUUGCGAUAUAGAAGGCGGGGUAGGGGGAGGGGAGUGGAAAAAGAAUCGAAUAUUGUACCUAAAUCUGUCUCCGCGGAUAAACCGAUCUUUUUGGAGCACAGUUAUUUAUUACAAAUUAUGCAAUUUGCCGACGACAUCGCCAGGGUGAAUGCCUUUGACGGUUGUCACUCUUUGUCAUACGUAUAUAAUCUCUUGUUGCACUCUUAUUUAUUGAUUCACGUUUUUUCUAUUUGAGCUAUUGCACUAUUGAUAAUUACGCGAUUGACGAGUUGCCGUUAAUGUUUUUUACACUUAGUUGAACUUCUGUUAGAAUUACGCUUUUACGAUCUAGUAAGGGAAAUACAUUCCACUCCGCAUGUGGUGCAAACUAAUUAAGUUCUUACUUUAAGGUAUUUUAAGCAUAAAAUUUUCGCUUAUUUUUAUAACUAUUUAUUUUCGGAAUAAUUGUAAGUAUCAAUAUUUUUAAGACUUCUCUAUUUUACUAUUUGUCGAUAGGGGCGAAGAAUGAGCGUUAGACAGUUCGCCAUCCCGAUCUUUGAAUCUGAACCAUCCGCGAGUGCGAGACGACGUACGUCGCGUUGUACUCUGAAGGAGAAUCGAGGUGCGCUUUAGCAUUGUUGUCGCGAAUCACAUGACACUCGAUCAUCAAUCAUGUGCACAAUCUCUUCUGUCUUAAUAAUAUUAGGCGAACGCGUUCACUUGUCUGGUGAUAACACCUGAGAACUGUCCGUGGCGCUUACAGAUUCGCACUCUAGAGAUUCGUUGUCUCGUUUUUUUUUGUUUUUUUUUUAAAUCCGUCUUGAAAGAAAAACAAAAACAGAAUGGCGAUCCUUUACGGUUGCACUCACGAUUGUGACUAUGAUCAUAUUUAGUUAAUCGUCGACCCACACGCAGAACCAAAAUAGUCACACACUUCUCCGGCUAUUAAUCGCCUUCAAACAGACGCGGCUCUACGAUUCACCCUAUGAUUUUUAAUUAAUACUCUCUCUCCUGACUUUCGCGUGGACGACCGAAAUACCCGUCGUCCUGCGUCCGUAGUACGUAAAACUCGCUGCAUUCGCAGCCGGGAUUCUUUGACGAUGUUUAAAGAGCGGAUUGUUGUAGAGUAUGUUGUUGACAGGAAUGAAAAUAUAAUGUCCGAUCUGAUCGACGAUAACUUAAUAAUGAAGGGCGCUAUCUUACUGUGAUGCUGAAUAUAUAUACUAUAUUAUAUUAUAUAUAUAUAAAACAAAGUAUAUAUAUAUAUAAAUAUAUAAAUAUAAUUAUACGAUUUAAUAACCAUAGUUGAUAAUGAGCGACGCGAUACGAUCCCGCGAACACCGUGUCGCGACUAAUUAAACGACCGUAGUAUUAAUCUUUAAUCAAGGAAUAUGGAAUACCGAUAUCGCAAUGACAGUCCGUCACCUGUGACGUAUCAAAAUUCACGCAAGAUUCUUCUGCGGAAUGAACGAUGUUGUACAUCGAUCAUCGUUAUGAUGAAUUUUCGUUAUCGCCUCUCUCUCUCUCUCUCUCUCUCUCUUUCUUUCGAUUACGAACUUGGUAUUCAGCUGUUAGCAUUGUCUUUUCUCGAUGUGUACCGUCGUGCGUCUCUCCCGAGGCUGAGUCUCACCUAACAGAUUAGGAUUCCGUCUAACUCCGAGCAGUGAUUUCUUAGAAAAAAAAAAGAAUCUGCAAAAUCCCCUCCAGUUCACUCAAGAAAGACAUGUUUUAUUUUAAGAUAUUAAAAGGUUUUUUCUUUCUUCGUUUUUUUUUUUUUAAUGUUUAAAAAUGUUUUAAUUUUGAACUCUUUAAACAGCUUUAAACAUUUUAACGUUUCAGAUCUUAAUAACGUUCAAAACUAAAACCUGUUUAAGUAUUUAAAAUGGAGAUAGAAAUGAAACAUUUGAAUAUUUUAAAAUUAAACACUUGUUUUUUUGAGUGUUACCAAAAUUAAAUAAUCAUAAUCGUUAAUAAUCGCCUGCUUAAGGAUAUUUGCAAGCAGCAGUCUCUCUUGAGACUUCUCAAAGCAACCAUCUUUUUCAUCGCGACAUAUAUAGUCCCAUGUAUAUAUGUACCUUUUGUAAUAUAUUCCAUAUUACUCAUGUAUAGUCUAUAUAUGUAUAAUUACUGCUUCGGAUUAGUCGCAACCGACGAUGUUGGUACGACCGGUGCUCUGAGGUAAUAGAGAGCAAAAAUUGCGCGCAUUAAAAACAACUCUCUAGAAAUAAGCGCAAAUUUUCAUACAGAGAUGGGAGAAGAGUACCUCAGAGUUUUUACAAUUGAAAUUCGGUACAUUCGCGAUACAACUUUCUCUUUUUUCUCACACACGACCAUACACACAGACACGCGUACAUUUGUACACACAGACAUCUCUCCCCUCUUCAGUAUUCUUUCCUCGUCCACGAUAACGGAGCGUUUAAAGACUACAGGGAUUAUAAUGUGCAUAAUGGUAGGGAUAAUAGGUGAAGAUAUGGUGCAUCAGAACAGUAUUUUUGUAUCUAACGGAGGACGCGCCCUCCGAUCGAUGUAUUAUCGGUGAUGUUUGCGAGCGUAGGAAAACAGAAUGUAACGAUUGCCAGAACGACGGCCACGUUAAUUGGCGAACUUAUCGUGAAGCAUUAUAAUUUUUCCGUAGAUCUUCGCGCGGAGAGAAUGCGGCCACGUGUGCGAUCAUUUCGAUCGCGCGAACCAGGCAAAUCUUGCGCGCGGGUGAGACGAACGGCGACCUAGAAGCUUCGAAAAAAUGAUGAUGACGAAACAUAAUAAGAUCCCGUCGUGCGAGAUUAAUCUCGCCUCUUUGCCACAGUCACGUCCUCUCGCCUUCGUUCGCAAACGAAUUGCUCGGAGUUAUGACACUUGUGCGCAGGGUGUCUCAUCCCAAGUUUCGACGAGUUUGAGAUGGAUUUUUUUGUAUCAUCGAAACCGACGACGCGCGCGUCUCCUGUGAAGAGUGAUUUAUAGAUUUGUCUGCAAUUAAUCGAGCGAUUAAAGUCUUUUGGGAAUUCAGUCUUUGCUUCGCAUAAAAUCGCUGCGUAGAAAAUACAUUAUCAAACUCGUCGAGAUAAUGCCUUCAGGUUUGAUCCGGAGUGAAGGUGGGACACCUUGUAGAAUGUGAAAAAAAAACUGUACACGGUAGAUGCUAGAUUAAUCUCCGUCUUUUUUUAUCUGUGCUCUUCUUACUUCCAGCUCCAUAUUUUACCGUAGGUAGAAAGUAGUACUCGCCAUAAACUUUUCUCACUUCUUACUCUUCUUUUUUCUUAAAGUGACUACGCGAAGUUGCCUCGCUUUUUAUUGUAAAGAAUGGGUUGGGAUGGAAUGAUCGACCUGUCUGCAGAAUUAUUUUACAUGUCGGUAUGCUUUGACAUUUAAUUAGACUUGUAUCAAUUGAGUCAAAUUUUAUCCUAGAAGAAAAAUAUUCUAGAUACGAUUACGUUUUUUAAUUGUUGCAUACAACUGUAUGACUGAAGUUGAACUACAACUGCGAAUAUAAAAUUUUAUAUUAAAAAAAAGAAAUGCUACGUGAAGCAUUUACAUUUAUUUUUCUGAUUUUUUUUACUCUAAACGUUUGACAUGAUUUCUCGGUUCUCCGAACCGAGCCAAAUAAUUUUAUCUACGCGAUCUGAAUUGUACUUCCAAAGUUUUCUAUCUUGCUGCUGUCGAUCGAAUCCAUCCAAUGUAUUUAUUUAUCUUUGUGUGCCAUAAAGCUUGCUUGCUGAUUGUGCAUGAUUCAUGCUGCGUACUACGACACGUGCUAGCCACGCUGUUAGUUUCCUUAUGAAUGCUUUAUAGAAUCGAUCAAUCUCUUCGUUAUGCGCAACUCAUUCCGCUUGUUUCUAUCGUUUCCUUGACACUGGCAUGUACUCACACCGUGCGAAACGAAAUCUUAAAUGCGAAUGUAUUAUUUAAACUUACACGAUUAGUGAGAGUCCUAUUGUUCGCAUCGCUCUUAUGACACUUCGGGCUUGUACGACAUGACGAAGCUUCUGAGACGAUACAAAUAUCCGAAGGAUGUUACAAAGACGUUUCAGAACCUUGCGAACAUUGUCUUCAGGGAACAUUCCUCGGAUUUUGCGUUGUUACUACACGGGUUCAGCCGCGGCAAGAGAAUACAAUUGGAAAUGUCAAAGACACUCGCGUUCUUAUCGGAAGACGACAUCUCGUCUUGCUCCACUUCUCGUAGUGCUUUAUUAAUUUCCAUGACAGACGGACAGAUGCGAUACUUUGCCGGUUAAAGAGCUCUUGCAACGAAUGACCCAUUACGAAUCUGAACUCCCGUGCAGAUGACACGGGGCGUAAAGGUUUCAUUAAAAUCUUUGACGCUAUUGCGCGCGACUCUUUCCCGAACGUUGCACGCCGAUUAUCUUUUAUGCGUUUGUAAAAUGCGCUUUGAGAUUUAUUCGCGCGAAUGACAACUCAUCCAGAACUUCGUAAUGGAGAUGUACUUCCAAGUGAGGGCGUGUUAAUUUUAGAGAUAGAGCAAAAAAACGCUACUAGAGUAAAACUAAGUCCGAGUGUGUUUAAACAUCUCUACGAAUAAUUACAACUGCUAAGCAUAACUUCUCAUGUACUUAAGCAAACAAAAACCGAAGAGGAGCCUCGGUAAGCGUUAUACACGCAGAGCUGCGUGAAAUAUUACUUCACAGUGUUUCGAUUAUAAGCAGUCAAAUAUUCUCUCGCAUAAUCACUUUCCUCUCAGAAAGCGCAGUAAUCGGGGCGUCCCUCGGGCGCCAGUAUACAUAGAUCUAGAAAUUAGAAACGAGCUAAUUAUCAAUACACACACAUUUAAUGCAUAAAUAAUAGACAGUGAUGGAGACAUGGAGAAUGAACGUGACGCUCGCAUGAAUGGAGUAAUAUUUUGCUUGUCUCUGAUUAUACCGAUAACGAAUAUAAUCACUUCGAGAUCGGCAGUCCGGAAUUCACUCCGGCGCCGUGAGCACGAGGAGAGAGAGAACGAAGGAAGAAGGAGGAAACACCGCUAUUCUUCCGCAAUGCGAUUAAAAUAGGCGUAGUAUCGCGAUACUACGAUAGCCAACAACAGCCACUAGCGAGCCACCGGAAUCGCGAUAUCGCGCGACAGUAAGAAACCGCUUAUCUUAUAAGGAUACACAAAACGCAUAAUCCGAUCCUUCGUAAGUCGGCUGGAUUCUGGCUAAAUAGAUCCGGCAUAUCGAGUAUUAAGGACUGUCGCUGCUGCCAAUAUCGCGAUACGGCCGGUGAGCAAGCGUUUUUUCGCGUGGUCUCGAACACAGGAGGGAGUGUAAUCGCAGCUAAUUGUUAAACUGACAGAACAGUGAGACAGACAGAUCUUAAGGCAUCAUGGAAAUGUCUUGUUUUUUUUCUGUGGAUUACAAUAAACUAUUUUAUUCUAA